UGGCGAACUAUUGUAUAACUCAAGACUCUUGAGCUGUUGUUGAUAUUAGGAACUAGAGAUUUUGGUCGACGAUAGUCGUAUAUAUUAGCUGCUGUGUUUAUUCGACAAAGAUAUAUUUAGCUCCUGGAAUCCUCGGUAUGUAAAAGGCGAUUAACGAUUCGUAGUACGACGAAGCUUGAGAUUAUGUACGGGGAGUGUGGAUACUUAAGUAUAGACAGUAGGUGGUGGACGAGUUACGAGGGUUGACGAUGUAUCUAUCAGAUCUUCCCGGGAGGUAUAAUAUAAACGACGAUCAAGCGUCAAUCCAUACAAUAAUCCCUGGAGAACAACUGUCACAAAUUGGGUGUGGGUCACGGCAGACCUGGGUCGAAAUCAACAGUAGAUCGCCGGUAUCGAAGGUACUCCUGCAUCAUCGGCAAGUACUUAUAGCGCCCCCUAUUAAUGGACGAGCCCUGAUGUAUUGGAGUUCCAUGUGCGGCGAUGGGACUCUGGAACUGCUUAUGCUUGCCCGCCUCUUUUUAGUGGUCCCAAUUCCCCAAGUAUGGGCUGAUGCAAGGGUAGUAGUAGUAGUAGUAGUACGUACAGUAUGUAUUAUAGUGUAUAUGUAUUAUAUUGAUGGGAGAAGCUAUGGUGUGUAGUGUAGGUAGUCCAGUUGUAGUCAGGUAGUGUAAGUGUAGGUAUGUACAUACCUACAUGUGGGUGAG